AUGGCCGGAAAGACCCUAAGCAAUGGCACGAUGAGCCUGCGGUUCAUGCAGAACGCGUCGCGCGCGAAGCUGCAGGCCCAGGUCGAGCUCGAGCAGGCGAAGAUCAAGGACGACGCCGAGUGGUCUGUCUCGCAGGAGAUACGGGACGCAUGGGGACUCGGCCAGAGCGCGAGCGCGGGCUCGAGUACCGAUGUUGUGUACGAGGCGUCCUACGUGCCUUUCAUAUUCCAAUCGGACGCGGGAGAAGCGUCCUCGAGCUCUCACCAGGAAGAGAGGCCGAAACUACGAGGCCGCCGAACAUUCAAUGCGCGCGGAGAAGAGGUCGUGCAAGAGGAGAAAAUACAGCAGCAGCAGGACGAACAGGCAGCUGCUGAUACCACAGAACAGAAGCCGUCAUUUGGUUCAAGAUUCGAGAAAAGGCCCACCUCAAUAUCGGGUUUCAAGGUGUCGAUACCCAAAGACGGGAAGAAGACACGCACAAAAACGGCGCAGGAGCUCAUCCGUGAGGACAUCUCUGCACGGCCACCAGCAUCCAUGCAGCCACCACCCCCACCACGACCCGUGAUAAAGUCGGAGGAAGGUUUCGUGAAGCCCGCAGGCGUAGACGAGCCCGUGCGCACAGCCCGCAAAGCGCCGCGCUCGGAGAGUCGCGUGAAGCGGGAACGGAGCCAGGACGGCGGCACUGAUCGCCCGGGAUUGGAAGGGAAGAAGCGGAAGAAG